AUGUUUGGUCGUGCUCCCACUCUUAUGUAUCAUCGUCAUCCCAUGGUCAACAUUGUCAUCUCGUCGCCUUUCAUUCUACCAUCACCACGAUAUAUGACCAUCAAGCUGACCAUAUUGAUGACCACAGGCGAGAGAGAAGAUUCGUAUGUUGACGAAAGCCAACAUCAUCAUACCCACGCUCCAGCCGUUGGUGCCUCUACGGCGCCAAGUCUAGAUGCACAGGAUUCCCGGCCGGCGCUCGUUUUCGACAGCCCCUACGGCGGCUACGCAAGCGGCGCACCUCUGCCACCGAUGUCUUCCUCGGUGGCGAUUGCACACAAUGCCGGCAGCGUGAGCGGCAGUGCGGGCACCAAAAAGGUUGUACCGCAGCCUGACGGCUUGUUCCCUGAUGUUCCUGAGGCAAAGAAGCGCAAAUUUGUUCUGGUUGAAGACCGUGGAUCGCGGCUGCGUGUGCGCGUAACGCUGAACAUGGUUGACACAAGCGAGAUCCCGGACUCCUUCCGUCGCUCGAAUGCCGUGUGCCCGGGCUCGUUUUUCCCGCGUGAGAUGGAGAGCCCGCCUCCCAGUCCCACGGGCCGUCGCUUCUUCGUCCACGACCAAGAUGACGUCGAGGACCUGAACCUAGACAACGAGGGCGACGAGGUGGAGGCCAGCGGUGAUGCUGGGGCUGGCCGCAGACGCCGUCAGCACCACCGCCUGCGCAUGGCCAUGUCAGGGGGCAGCGAUAGCCUGGACGGCACGUCGACAAUGGUCACAGUUCCGGUGGGUGAUGGCGUCGAGACAGAGGUGGCCAUGCCGCGGAUGCGCAAGGCACUGCGUCGCAAGCAGGUGCGACUCAAUGACCUGGGCUGCCGUAUGGCGUGGCUGCAGAGCCGUGCUUUUGCAGGCCGCCGCAUAUUUUUGCAGAAAGCUUUGGACACUUACCGUAGCAAGACUUGCAACGGCAUCCAGGCGUCCAUGCACGACGUCAGCGAGAUUGCGCCGCACUACGAGAUGCGCGUGGGUAAGAAACAGUGGCUGUCUUGCGAGCGCGAGAUUGAGCUGCGGCAGCUCAGCCAGACGUGA